UCGUCCGUCCGACCCCGUCUCUACGAGGCCCAGCCGUGACCAGGAGUCAAGUAGGCACCGUCGUCUCGGGUCGACGUGCUCGCACACUACAAAGCACAAACCAUCGCAAGCAUAACCAAAAAUCACCGGCCACUCCCCCGCUCACAGCCAUCGAAAACUCCGACCAGGAGUCAAGUAGGCACCGUCGUCUCGAGCCGAUGUGCACGUUCGUCUCGUCGGCCAUGCACCCUCGCAACCAGCUCCGCCGUGGGCGCGCCGCCGCCACGGCCGCCGUGCUGCUCGCGAUCGGCCUCGGCGCCGCGUUCACGGACGCGGACACGGACACGUUCAUCUACGCGGGGUGCUCGCCGUCCAAGUACCAACCGGGGACGCCCUACGAGGGCAACCUCAAGUCGCUCCUUGCCUCCAUCACCAACGCGGCGCCCACCGGCGCGUACAGCAGCUUCGCCAACGGCACGGGCGACGGCGCCGCCGCGUACGGGCUCUACCAGUGCCGCGGCGACCUGGGCGACGGCGAGUGCGCGGCGUGCGUGCGGAGCGCGCUGGCGCAGCUCGACCAGGUGUGCCCCGGCGCGUCGGCGGCGUCGCUGCAGCUGGAGGGGUGCUACGUGCGCUACGACGGCACCAACUUCGUCGGCCGGCCGGACACGGCCAUGGUGUACCGCAAGUGCAGCGCCAGCACCAGCGCCGACGCCGGCUUCCUCGGGAGCCGGGACGCCGUGCUCGGCGCGCUGCAGGCCGCGGCCGGCGGGUACAGGACGGGCAGCUCCGGCGGCGUGCAGGGCGUCUCGCAGUGCCUGGGCGACCUCGCCGCCGCCGACUGCACGGCGUGCCUGGCGCAGGCCGUCGGGCAGCUCAAGGGCGCCUGCGGCACGGCGCUCGCCGCCGACGUGCACCUGGCGCAGUGCUACGUCAGGUACUGGGCCAGCGGCUACUACUUCCGCCCCUCACAAGAUUAUUCGCAAGACGACGUGGGGCGGACCGUGGCCAUAAUCAUAGGCAUCUUGGCAGGGCUGGCCCUUAUCGUGGUGUUCCUCUCCUUCCUCAGGAAAUCAUGUUAGGUUGCCUCUUGGAAGAAGCUUGAGUUGUCGCAUACUGGCCCCAGACCAAACGACUUGUGAAAGGGAGAUCCACACCGGCAUCGGCAUGGCCCAGAGAAGCUUCACAAAGAUCCUAAUCUCAUCUUGUUAAUUAGCAGCAAUAGCUUAUGUAAGUGAUCUUCAUCACUUCGUGGAUGGUAGGGCUGCCUGUAGGAGGAUCACUACCGUACUACAACGGGUCAUCAGUUUUGGUCCACUAAUCAUGGCUCACCUCUUCAUUAUUACCAAAUCAGAUGGCACUGUAAAUCAUUCUAAAAAAAUGACACUGUCAUGCAAAGACAUUAACACACUUCUGUUAUGAUAAUCAUUGCCUUUCAAUUGAUUGCAGUCAAAUUUGGUUUACAAAGGCACGGCCAUAAGCUA